GGUAAUGAGGUGCUUCAGGCGACAGUGAGCGGCCUGCACGUGCUGGUGAUCGUCCUGGCGGUCGUGUUGGUGACGGCCCUGCUGUCCUGUGUGCUGGGCCACUCUAAAAUGGGCGCCCGGCUCUGGUCCCAUCGACGGUCCGCCCGCGCCGCCCACACCACCUCCGCCUCUCACCACACCCACACCAUCACACAUUCGGUAAGGCUGGAUGCGAGGCGAGGCGGGCGGGGCCGGACCGGUAAGUGCCUGACACCUGUCCUCACCCCCCAGACACCCACUAGUCAGCCCCGUAGCGGAAGGCUAACACCAUCCAGCCACACUCCCUCUGUCGCUUCCCGGGCCGCCUCGUAUUGGCUUCAAGGGCCUGACACCAGCCGUGGCGUAAAAACCUGUUCCUGCUGCUGCUGCUGCUGCUUCCCCUGUGCCUCUCACUCCAAGGAAACAGAAACGAGCCAGGCUCCGCGGGGCCUGAUUUCCAGACUGGCGGAGACAUGCCAAGGGACAAAAAUAAUUUGGAGGAAAGUGUUAUAUGUGAUUUACCGGUUGCGACAGGUGCGCCACAAGGUGUGUGCGAAAAUGGGUCACCUGCAGGAGCUGCGACAUCGACUCCGACGAGUAAGAAAGGUAUUGUAUGUAUGCGAGGGGAUGAACAACAGUAUGGGAGAGGCCAUGGCUGCCCGUGACCGCACCACUCGCUUACACAGUGUGCAGCAGGACAUUACCCUAGGCUUGCCAUACCAAGUUCAACGACCUGAUGGAGAGGAAAGAUAUCCUUCCAAAAAGCCAUUUACUACUCCAGACCAGGAGAUAUCAAGGGAGUUCAUCAAGCCACCUGCCAACAAAACCCUGUCUGAUGUAAAUGUAAAUGGACCUCAAUAUUCGUGUUCUGUUGGAGGAUACCCACAGCCUGAGAGUGGGCUUGGACACAGUGGAAUGCACUCCUAUCGUUACUCAGCCCCAUUAGAGGCACAGUCUCCUCACUCUGCAAUGUCAGCGUCAUCGUCAUCAUCAUCAUCGUCGUCGUCGUCAUCAUCACUUCAAGCCUGGGGAGGUAGAGAAGAGGGUCAGACUUGUAGAAGUAGUCGAAAUCCGCGCAAUUUUGCUCCAUUCUCUUCAAGCAGCAGAUUUGACAGAUCUCCACAAACGUUCCAAGAGUCAAAUCGACGAAGACACAGACACCAAGGACACUUGGGAACAAAUUCUCCGUCACCCUCACAUGACCAAAAUAUUCCCAUUUACUGCCCAACCACUUUAGCAGAAUUAACUAUGGUGUCAGUACCGUGCGGGCCUUCAACUCACAGUCCCAGUCAUCAAGGAGGACCAAGUGAAUCCCAAAGUAUAAAUGUGGAUAGCUUGGAAGUGCAGGCGGAUCUCUCGCACACUUUUGGACAGUCUUCUCAGUUACCCUGUAGUCCAACAGCAGAGCCUCAACAUCCGCCCUUAUAUUGUGACGUGAUAGAAAAUAACAGCUUAUAUGGAAGUGCUAGUAGACCCUCAGAACAAAGGACAAAGAGUGGGAAAAUAUGACCAACAAGUCUUUUCCUUAGUCUUUCAAGCAUACUUUAUUAUAUCACUUAAGAUGUACUUGUUGUAAUGAAAGUUGUUAUGUCCUUCGGGAUGUGAUAGUGAGAAUACAGUGCUGAAGCCAGCAGGUGUCAUGGUGCUCAGUGAUGGUGGGCUGAUUUUUAAGCUCGCUCCUGUGCAUGACCAACUGCCAGCAUGCAUGUGCAUAUGAUUGUGUAAGGGCAGCUAAGUUUGCUCUUUAUUAUGCACAUUUUGGUGCAUGUAGGUAGGGCAGGGAUGUAUGCUAUUGAGCCCACCAGUGGUGGGAAUGAUGCACACAUGGACCAGAGCAGUUGGGACCAGCUGCUGUUGCAAUGGAUGAAGGAAUCACCAGUGCCUGGGGUCCCAAGGACCAGUGCUAUGGUGUCUGACAGCAGUGCAGCUAUGCUACACACUGCUAUGCACUGCUUACAGUCACCAAUUAUGGCUCACACAGUGUAUUGUAAGAGUGCUGCAGCAUUUCCAGGGCCAAGUCCCAUAUGUGAUAGGCCUUCUUUCUUAAUCUCACAAGACAGGUGAUGGAGUGUGGUGCAUGGCAAUGGCUGUGGGAGUGUGGCUGGGUGACCUGUAACUGUAGAGAUAUGGUGGCUCAUAACUAUACAUAUUUCUAAUUUGUAUUCCUGGUAAUUCCAAAGGUGAUUACUGAUUGUAACCAGUGUUAUUGUUCCAAUAUGUUUUCCUGCAGCUAGGUGGGGCGAGAUUGGAUGAAGGGCAGGAUAUUUUGUGGUGACAGUAAUGUUACUACAGAUGUUCCUCUCUCAGAUAAUGUAUUGUACUAUCUGAAUAAUGGUUGAGCUGGUUAUGAACACCUUACUUUCAUUUAAAUAAAAAAAUCAUACAUAUUCUGGCAUCACACCAUCAUUGCUAGGAAAUUUUUUCUUUUAAUUUGCUAAUAUACUAACACCUGCAAACCUCAAAUUAGGACACACACACACACACACACACGAAAUGGCUUAGCUAAUAGGAAGCUCCACCGAAUUCCAUUGCUGUACUGGAUUAGAUUACAAAAACUAAAUUCAUGGUGAUCAUUGUUUUUGAGCCAUACUGAAAGGGAAUGGAUUACUUUUGUAAAAGGUACACACCACAAGACAGUACAAUUGAGAUACUAAUGGAAACUGGGGAAAAAUGUAUGCUUACAAAAGUGAGAUAAGUGUUUUGUUAACUAAAUAAUAAUAAAUUCAGGCUUGCAAGUAUGACAGCUCUCCAGAGUAGGUCAUUUAUUUAUUUUUUUAAGGGGGGUUGUUUGUGAUAAAAAUAAUGAAAAACUGAGUAGUAUAGUGGGGCAACAGAAAUGGGAAGACAAGUUAGGACAUGGGAAAUCUAUAGGAUUCACAUCAACAAAGAGGUCAUCAUGGUAAAGUUUGAGACAGAUGGUGUGUGAAAGAUUAGUUUGUUUUAAGAUGCAGAUGAGAACAUGAAGCUGGGAGCCUAUUGUAUUGUACUGUGAACAUGAUUAUAAGAAAAUAUAUGGAAAUGGUCAAUGGAACAUGCCUUCUGUUUUUUCAGGUGUAAAAUACUACAUUUUGAUUGGUAGUGAGCAAAUGCAAUGUGUUCUGAGGACUGUGAGAAAGUAGCAUCCAAUGGACCAUUAGGGAUUAUGUUUACAAUACAGCAGCUGCACAAGUCAAGAACGUGGAAAGAGGUAUUACAGAUACCCUAGGCAUAGGAAAGAGUGGGUUGGUUACAUUUUCAACAUAUGUAAGUAGAAUAAUUACAAAUUACUGAAUUAUUUAAAUUGCCAAACUGUGAUCAUGUAAAAAAAUAUUUUGAAAGUGA